GUCGUCUACUUCCACGAAACGGAACACUGUAUGAGGCGUAGUAUUCGCUAACAACCGGUUGGAUAGAGCCUGCAGACUCACUACAAUGCCAUCGAUUUCAAUAGCACCGCGGUGUUCCAGUAAUCGAGCAAUGAACCGUUUAUCAGCAUGCUGAUCCCAAAGGUUCACAGUCAUGACAUCCCUCGCAGAGUCAUACAUGAUCAGUUCGCAUAGCAGCACACCAUCCAGCUCCGAGGCAACAGCGGCUCCACCUUCAGAGGUCCCAGCUGGAUUAUCUUUCGGAGGUCGCAACUUGCAGAGCACCGACGCGACCAUAUUCUCUCUCAAGUCCUUGAUUGGGGACCGGUUUGUUCUUCUGUUAGGCGUGGCUCCUUCGUCUCCAAUAAACUCUCGACAAUGCUGCUUGUACCACUCGAUCAUGGGAUACAAGUCCUUUAACGGGGCGUCCUGCGUACAAAAGUACCGGUCUUUCCGAUACAGUAAUUGGACUGUUGAAGACAUCGCGGAUUCGUCGUUGCGCAGGACGAACUGCGCCUCCACAUUGCCCCGAUAGGAUUUAAUACAGCAAAAUGAAAAGAGGGCAAUGUCCCCGAUUCGAAGUACCGCGUCGGCGCUUGAUAGUUGCAUGAGACCUGGGUCCCCGGUGGAUAACGAAUGAAUCAAUGUGGGUGGGGCUUCACCCCAGCACGUUACCUUGAAAAACUGUCGACUGGCGUCGCCUACGUGCAAGACAUGACACGCCUGGACGCGCUGGCGCCCCACCAACACUCUCUUGCCCGUUGCAACCUGCUGCACAGCCG